AAAGAAAAAGAAAAAGAAAAAGAAAAAAGUAGUAAGAAAAGAUGAUGAUCGGCAUCUCACCCAAUUCUGCCAUUUUACAAUCUCCUGACCAUUUCCAUCAACAAUCAUCUUUGAUUUCUUCUUCUUCUUUCAUCUGACACUAAUAUUAUUGGUCCCAUUCUUUGAUCUUCAAAACCCCCCACCACCAUUCUCAUUCUCUCUCUCUCUCUCUCUCUCUCUCUCUCGUCUUUCAGACCCCGAGCCCUCUGAUCCCUGAGCCCUGAGCCCACUUUACUUCCCCUGAGCUUCAUUUCACUUCACUUAACUCAUUCGCAUCUCAUCGGGAUCAACAAACAUUCCUACACUCUGUCUGCCAGCCAGAGCCAUAGCCAUUGUUUUAAAAUUUGAAUCAGAAAUUAAUAAAGGGGCCACCCGCCGGAGUAAAGUCAGUAAAAAUGGGGAAAACAGGGCGAGAUUGGACGCAGAUCUACGCUAUUUACGGCAUGGACGACUGGCAAACACCAGUCUUUCUCCUAAUCCACGCCAUCUUCUUCUCCUUCCUAUCCCUUCUCUUACUCCUCUACUUCCCCCCGAUCUGUCUCUUCUUCGAAUCACUAUUCCCCAAUCUCCCCAUCGGCGCCGCCCGUUUCACAAUCGGUUUCAUCGGCUCCGUCACCGCUCUCUCCUCCGUCUGCCUCUACCUCGCCGCCGCCAACAUCUUCUACUCCGCCGUCUGUCUCCACUGGGAAAUAUCCCAACGAAUGCUAACCUCCGUCUCCGACUGGUCAUCCGUCAAACAAGCUCUAGUAGUCGGUUGCGGCCGUGGAAUCCUCCUCAACUCCGUAGCUAUGCAGCUUAAAAAGGGAGGAAGUUCGGGUCGGGUUGUGGGUAUUGAACCCGGGAAAUCAACGGCUGUAUCUGCCCUCCGAACAGCAGGAAUCGAGGGUGUUCAGGAAUACGUCACUUGCCGGGAAGGUGACGCAAGGAGACUUCCUUUCAGCGAUGGAUACUUUGACACGGUGGCGUCGGGGAUGUUUUUGCAUAGGGUGGGGAAGGAGUUAGGACGGAGCUCUGCCGGGGCGGCGGCGGAGAGGAUUCGGGUUGUCGGGGAAUUAGUAAGGGUGUUGAAACCGGGAGGAGUUGGAGUUGUGUGGGACCUUUUACAUGUUCCUGAGUAUGUGGAGAAAUUGAAAGAGAUGAAGAUGGAGGAGAUAAGAGUGUCGGAGAGAGUGACGGCGUUCAUGGUUAGUAGCCAUAUCGUGUCUUUUAGGAAACCCAGAUACCACGUGGCCACGUCGGGAGAGGUUCGGUUGGAUUGGAGAUGAAAUGAUAAUUCUACAACAUCACAUCAGUAAAUUUAUUAUUAUUAUUAUUACUGUAAGUAGUAGUAGUAAAAGGUGAAAAAAGAUAUGACAAUAAGAUAAGAUCAGAUCAAAUCAGAUGAGAUGAAAUCCUCUGUUUUGUGGUUUUCCUUUUAAAAACUUACUAUUAUUAUUAUUAUUAUUGUUAAAGUUUCUGGUUAAGCGAAGCUGACCCAGAUCAAGAUUAUUACUUA